GGUGGACUGCUGGUUCGACUUCGCAUCGGUCUUAUCAACACCCUCAGGGGGAGUCGAACCGGUUACGCCGCCGAGUGGUUAGCGUGUCAAGCUCCUAUCCUGCACUGUCGCGGUUCGACUCCCGCUGAGGGUGUUGAUAAGACCGAUGCGAAGUCGAACCAGCAGUCCACCCUGGAUGAGAACAAAUUUUGUGAAAGCAAGGCUAUGUGA